AUGUUGUCCAACACCAUCACGAUCGUUCCCAGCAUCGAAACCCGGGUCGUUGAGCCCCUCCCGCAAUUUGAUACCUCGCGCCGGUUGAGCUUCCCCGUGAGCCUUCCCCUCGAUUCGCUGGCGGGGGCGAGAAAGAAGGCCGCAAAUGAAGCUCUUGUCGAACGCAUCGCGGAGAUCAUCGCCUCAUACCGCAUCAGCGGACCUGACGACCGGUAUGAGGUUGUAUACAAGCCCAAGCUGCUCGACACGCUGCGGUAUUUUGUCUCCAAGCAGGAACCCGUCAACAUGGUGGUCCCCGCAUACCCGUUCAAGAGCCCGAACCGGGACGAGAAAGUGCUUGGGCCCGACCCGGAUGUCGGCGAGCGCAUGUCCCUCGAGCAUUUCAACUCGAUGGGUGCGCGCAUUCAGCAGAUCUACCCGCCUGGGGGAUAUGUGACCAUCGUCAGUGAUGGGUGCUGUUAUAAUGACCUGCUUGGCGUGUCGGACGAAGAGGUCUUCCGAUACGCAGAGGGCCUGCACCGCAUCGUGGACCGGCUGGGGCUGAAGCAUAUUAAAUUCUCCGACCCUUUCGACCUGAUCGAGGGACGGCACAAUGUCCCCGUCACUGAGGAGGAAUACGCCAGCCGCAUCGGCGAGCUGAAGGACUAUCUGUUCCGCUCGUACCACCCCGAUGGCUACGACUUUGACGAGGAACUGAGCAAAGAUCCCAACGCGGCCCUGACAUAUCGUGGCUACAUUCGGUUUCUCAUGUCCGAUCUCGCCCUCUUCUUCAAGGAGAGACAGAUGAGCAAGAACGCGAUCAAGAAACACUGCUCCACCGUCGCCCGCAGCAUGAUCAAGCGCGGCAAGGCAUUUUCCGCCCUCGUCGCCAGGGCCUCUCCCUUGCACGUCCGACUCUCGAUCCACGCCAGCGACAACACGGGCAAGCUUUCCGUUGCCCUGCUGCCGCACAAGCGGUACAGCACUUUCCCGGUCACCCCCUGGCACAACACACCCUACCUGGACACGACCAGCGUCUCACUCAGCUUGAGCCGGAAGCCCACGGACGGGGCCACCCCUUACCGUCUCUGCCAAGACGAGCUGGGCCUUCACUUCCUCUGCGCGGAUGUCCCCAUGUACCGCGUCAUCGAAACCCCGGACCUCCCGGCGCUCGCCCAGCAAGUCCAAUUCCAGCCGCUCUACCCGUUCGGGCUCAGGAUCAAGGUCCCAAGGGGCACGCCCAUCGGCCAAUUCCGCCUGGAGCGGGUCGCGGAACUAGCCAAGGUGCAUUCCCCCAUUAUCUUCGAGGGACUGGACCCGAUGGAGUACACCGCUGCCAUUGCGGAUGACUUCCAGCGCGUCGCCGGCGGCACGAUGUCGCUGAGCAUCUUACAUGAGGGCGUCGCAACGACCGCCAACACAGCAAGACACCUGGGCGGAUCCGCAGCGGCGUCGUAUUUUUUGCAGAUUUCGGCCGCGACCGGCGACGAUGCGCAGCCUGCGCUUCUGCCCUUCCUCGCGGCGGCUGCGGCGCUGGACGAUGUGCGGUAUCGUGUGUUGCAUCACUGGCAGGCCGGCCAUGCAGUUGUCUCGGACCACCGGGUUGCGCUGCCAGUGCAUUUGAGUCCGUCCAGUUUGAGGGUGCUACAUGGGGGCGUUUAA